AUGAAAUAUCGUAAUUUGCUAUAUCGAAAUUGCUUAGCAAAUUCCAGAGCUCAAGCCAGAUGGUUCUACUCUACUCUAUCAGUGAGUUCUGGGCCCUGUGGAGUUGAUGGUAGAUUGCCCUCUGCCAGAAAACAUAGUAUAGAGAGCAAUUCUGAAGAUACAGCUAUUGCCAUUACAGAUCCGUUCAUUCUCUACCAGAACUAUGUAGCUCAGGGAAUCUUGCAGAAAGACGAAUUUCAGCUCAGGGCCAUGAAGGAGUUCCAAAAGCUCUACCAUAGAGUUCUUGAGUACACACCUCCAGAAGAGCUUCUGAUCAAAAUCAGCUUGUUACUUAGAAAACUAGAGGUGAAACAGGCUGAAGCCCGACGUACUCCUUUAAGUGCUAUUCUGAGUCUUUUCAAGAAGGAUCCUGAAAAGGAGAAGAAGCAGAUAGUACGUUUCAUCACUGACGAAGAUGAGCUCUACAACUUUGCCUCUCCCCAGGGACUUAUCAUAAAUGGAGAAGUAGGAUGCGGGAAGUCGAUGCUCAUGGAUAUCUUUGCUGCUUCGUUACCUCACAAAUCCAAAAUGAGAUGGCACUACAACAACUUCAUUCUCUGGGUGUUUGCUGAGAUGCACCAAAUUCAGAAAGAGAGAUUUUUGACGUCUACUUUGAAGAACGGAGAGAAAAUCCAACUCAAAUAUACCAUGGAAAACGAGUUCGUGUUGUUUGAAAUAGCACAAAAGAUGAUUCAAAAGAACACCAUUCUCAUGCUUGACGAAUUCAUGCUUCCCGACAUCGCUGCUGCCAACAUCAUAAAAAUCCUCUUCACCUACUACUUCAAAUUAGGUGGUGUCUUGGUUGCAACAUCUAACAAACUACCCGAGGAGCUUUAUUCUAACGAAUUCCACAAGAAGAAAUUCCAUUCUUUUGUAAGUAUCUUGAAUGCAAGAUGUAUGUCUGUGGAUAUGAGAUCUACGACAGAUUAUAGACUUAGCUUUGCAGCUCAAGCAUCCAGCGAUCCGUAUUUGAUUGUCAAACUGGAUGUCGCAGAUCAUGAUAUCAAGUGGCUCAGACUCUUGAAAACCAAAGCAAUUGGUAUUUCAGAAGAUUCUCCCGAAUUAAGCGACGACAUACCACUAGAGUCUUUGGGAGAACCUUCUUCACUUACAGUGUACAAUAGAACAACGUAUAUUCCUCUUACUUUCAACAACGAUACAGUGUGUUACCUCGAUUAUUCUUAUAUCUGUAAGGGAUUGUAUUCUUCGUCUGACUACAUAACACUAGCUUCAAGAUACAAGACAGUGAUCUUAGACAACGUUCCGAUUAUGACUACCAAGAUGAAAAAUGAAGCAAGAAGGUUUAUUACUUUCUUGGAUGCCAUCUAUGAAGCCAAGUGCCAGUUCUUCAUGAGAAGUGAAGUGGAAGUAGAUUAUCUAUUCUUCCCGGAUGCCCUGGAUAACCUCAAGCCAGAGAUUAGGGAAAAGUUGGAGAACAUUAUUGAUUCAAUAGACAGUAAUAGACUAGAAGUGCAAGAGGAAGAGAUGUUUGCGAAGACCGCCAUUGCUGCUUCUAGUCCUUAUCGUCCAAACGUUGCUUCGUAUGACCAGGAGAGUAUGGAGAAUUUCAAUGAGUUUGCCAAAAACUUGAAAAACGCAAUCGUGGGAGACAAUUCGAAAAAGAAUGAAGAGGAUGUCGAUUUUAAGAACUUGAGAGCUUUCACAGGUGACGAUGAGAAGUUUGCAUUCAAAAGAGCUGUUCUGAGAAUCACAGAAAUGGUUGGGUCUGAAGUCUGGAGAACCGCCAACCGAUGGGUACCAGUAGAUUCUAGUAUGAGACCGUGGGAACCAUCAGAAAAGAGGUCCCAGUUGGCUUAUAUUUCUAAUAAACCACUGGUUCAAGAUGUGAUAGAUGAUGCCAAUGCUAAAGUAGAUGCAUUGAUCUCAGAGAAUAAGAACAUAAGAGAAAUGGCACGCAGAUAUCUCAAAGAUGCAUUGCCCAAGAAUGUUUCUGCAGCACAUGAGAUUCCAUUCCAUCAAUUUAAUAGUCGUAUAGCUCCAACGUUUAACAUUGAGCACUUUUGGGGAAUGAGUCCUUGGACAACUCAACAAGGAAAAAAGCUAAAGGACGUUAUUAGUCGAGCUUGGAUAAGAACGGGAUCGAGGACUACGGAGCAAUAG